CAUAAAGCGUUAACCGUCAAGUUAUAGUUAUUACUGUGAGCUAAUACAAAGGAUUAUAAUGACCUUAGUAAUAUCAAUACACUCUGUGCUCAUCACUUGAUGUAUUCUACUUUCUAGUUCUGCUACAUUAUUCACUGAUCUAGCGCUGGAUACCCAAUAGAAACCGCCAGCCUUAUAUGGAAGGCAGGCGCCUAUGCAACUCAAGAACGGAGUAGCAUAGACGCAUGGCUGAGACUUUCGCAUAAUUUAUUCGUUCUGAAGGGAACUUUUCGUAGCGGUGUGUUGUCAUUUUUCACGUGGAAUAUGUACUCUGUCGCCAAACCCUACCGAUGUAUUGAUUUAGCAGUCUCACCCCUACCCAGGGGCCGAAAAAUCCUCGGAUAAAGGGCCGCUAGGUGGAUAUCGGCGCCGUGUUAGUGAGCAGUCUCGCUUACUGAGGAUAUGAAUUGGAAAUGUAGUGUUUCGCUCAAAUAUACCUCGGUGAUAUAUAUGAAAGUUAAUGGUUUAUGCCGCUCUUCGUCAGUUUUAAUGGAUUACACCACUAACUGAUGACAACAAUAUUUUUCGGAAGUAAAUAGAGCUCUGUAUUAUUAAAGGAUACUCCACGGAUAAAACAUUUAAAUCAAAAUACCGGAUUAUUUACGAUGAUAUAAUCGUGGAUGAUUAAAAAUUGUUUUCAUACGACGGAUUAUAUAUUUGGUAUUUUUAUACUGUUGUUGUUUUCUUAUUUUUGUUUUUCUUGUCCCCACGUUCCGAUGUGUCGUAUUGCAUUUAGAGUAAGGAAGGCUUGGGUUUCGAGUUUGAUGUUUAUUCUAGAGUGACCUUGACCUUGACCAGAUGACGCAGGGCGGUGGUCGCUUCGAUUUUGACGACGGUGGGACGUACUGCGGUGGAUGGGAAGACGGAAAGGCCCAUGGGCAUGGAGUAUGCACGGGUCCUAAGGGUCAAGGGGAAUACUCUGGGGCGUGGCAGUAUGGAUUCGAAAUCUCAGGCGUUUACACAUGGCCUAGCGGUAAUACCUAUCGGGGCCAGUGGUUCCAAGGAAAACGGCACGGGUUAGGGGUAGAGACUAAAGGUCGGUGGGUUUAUAAAGGUGAAUGGACACAGGGAUUUAAGGGCCGUUAUGGUGUGCGACAGAGUACUUCGUCAGGGGCACGGUACGAGGGCACCUGGACAACCGGCCUUCAGGACGGGUACGGAUGCGAAACCUAUGCUGACGGAGAUACAUUUACAGAAGAAUGCCGAGGCUCCUACCAGGGACAGUGGCUGAGGGGUAUGCGACACGGUUAUGGCGUCCGCAAGAGUGUGCCUUAUGGCUUGGCUUCACAUUACCGACCAAAGGCUCUCCGUGCGUCCUUGACCUCCUUAAGGAGCGAAAACGAGGACGAACAAGUUGUCAAAAAUAGGGACAAAAAGCUCGAUGAAUCUAGGGGUGGGUUCGUUUUGAAAGCCCGGAGCGACGAAACACCACCCACACGUCGUAGAUCGUUUUUCGACAAACAGGGAAGAUCUAGUUUGCGUAAGACGUUAAUGUCAGGAUUACGUUUAAAGAAACAAAAAAGCACUGGUGAUAUAAAUGAUUCCCCAAAACGUCAGACAGGAUCAGUUAGAAGCACAAUCAGUAGUUUAAGCCAUGUAAGUGCCGAAUCUACACAGAGUGGUAUGACAAACGCGUCAAUGUACACCGAUAGUAAUUUAAGUUUUGUGAGUCAAGAUGACAUCACUGACGUUAACGUGACGGAAACGUAUAUGGGCGAAUGGAAAAACGACAAAAGAUCCGGAUUUGGUGUAAGUGAACGUUCCGAUGGAUUAAAAUACGAAGGUGAAUGGUUUAACAAUAAAAAGUAUGGCUAUGGUGUAACUACUUUUAAAGAAGGUACUAAAGAGGAAGGGAAAUAUAAAAAUAAUGUGCUUAUUUCAUCAGGAAAGAAAACUAAAUUGUUUUUGAUACGGACUUCCAAAUUAAGAGAACGAAUAGACAAUGCGGUGUUGUCAGCUCAAAGAGGUGCGCAAAUUGCCCUGCAAAAAGCGGAUAUAGCCAUAACUAGAAUGGCGAACGCUCGGGCAAAGGCGGAACAGGCAGAUCAGGCGGCCAUGAAAGCCGAGCAAGACUCGGACACAGCUAGGUUAAAAGCUAAACAAUAUGCACCAGAAUUUCACCAACCAGGCACAGACAUAAUCAAGAAAAAACUUCUGGAACAGAACCAUAACGGCCAACCACUGGACGACCACUAUGACUUCAGCCAUAUGGAACUGCAGCAGAACCAUAAUCCGCAUCAGCGCUCAAAAUCUAUGAUGAUGCGGAAUGAGGACGGCCAACGAGGCCUAUCGCCCUCUAUGGGCAUGGACCAAGGUUUUGGUCCGACUAGAAAAACUAGUGCACAAGCGGAUUUUAAUUAUCUAAGUGUAAACAAUCCUUUGCUACAAACGACGCCAAAUUCCCUCAACCCUUCUCAAGAAACUGUGAUUUCCAAUCAUUCUUCGCAUAACCGGAGUCCUUCAUUAAAAAUAAGACGUUACAGCUUUUUAGCUGGCUCAAGAAGAGGGCGUGGCUUUAGUGAGUUAUUCAAUUCCACAAUUCUAAAUGACCAUUUUGAUCAGUAUUCGGCUCAACAUGACGACAGUGGCCUAGGAAGGGAUUUUCUUACUACGGAGGACCGAAUUUCCAAACGUGUGCACCCCAGUGAUACUUCUCCCGAUUCCGGUGUCUCAGAGGGCGUGGACGAUGGGACACGCCCAUUCACUCGCCGUAGAACUCUUCCUUGUAUAGUCAAAGAGGAUGAAAAUGUAAACAGCGCCAAAGCAGCAGUUAAGGAACAGGCUCAUAGCAGUGAAAAUUUAGCACGAAAGAAUCCAGACACUUACAUCAUAGAAAACGGUAUCAGAAAAAGGGUAAAAGGAGUUACAAGAAAUCCUCAACCGUCAAAUCGGGCGUCGUCCAAGGGCGAUUUACCAAAUGAGUAUAGAAUUGAAAGCCAAAACCGAAUUGCAAGAUCGGGAAAGCACGGUAGUCUUCCAGAUAUUACUGCCAUUCAAAAGACGGAGAAGCCUUCUAUGUCAAGAGAGGAGGCGUACAAAUUAAGUUCCGCCCGUAGGGAGGAACUUAGAAGACUACAAGAUCUAGCAGAGAGGCGCCGACAGGGAGAUGUGACUGUUAUCCUUGGAGAUUUAAGGGAUUUUGUGCAGCAAAGACAGCUUUUAGUUUUGGUUAUAGCAUUGAAUUUGAGUUUAGCUACAAUGUUCUUCAACCUGCUGUCCUGAGCAGACGAGUAGUUUGGUCAUUCCUACCCAUAAUUCCCUGGUUUUGACGGAUUUCCUGUCAUGUCAUGUGACAUGGCGUAACGAUGGAGGUUCCAAUAUGGCGUCUUGCCUUUGGAAGGAAAUCGGAAGAGAGGAGAGAGUUUGAUGAAUACGGUAUCCAAUUUCUCGUUUGAGUUGGUGACAGAACGACGCUGUGAGAAUUAUUCAUAACAGAAAUGUUCCAGAUUGUUUAACAAUGUAAGGAAAGAAGGAAACUUUGUCUUGAUGAAUUCCCCGAGGAAAUUUUGAGAUUCAGUUGGACAUGUAAAGGAAAAGUUUGAUGGAACUAGGGAAAUUUGAUAUUACAUGAAAUACCAAGGGAGAGUGGUAAACGUGUUCUUUGAAAACUUUUGUUAGAAUUUUCCAGUGUAUAAGAAAAUCAUAAAGACUGGUAUAACUGGUCAGUCAUGCAUAAUUAAUGUGGACGAUUGUCAUUUUAGACCAAAGAUGGAGUAUGUGUUUGCAUGAUAACUUGUUAUUCGUUCAAAGCACAGCGAACCUUUCUGCUUCAUUAGCUGAAGAGACAGAACUUCACAACUGCAAACACUGACAUUUUAAGCCAGUUUACAUACCUCCAGUUUGCUUUAUAUUGUUUUAAAGCGGUAUAAUUUGGUUAUUUUCCAGUUGACCACGUGAUUUCAUUACUUCAUCACAUCAACACCAAUUACCAUUUUGUAGAAUUCAUGUUGUUUUCUUACCAAGUUUGUUGGAGAAAUGUUAUAAUCAGUUAACUUAUGAUAUUAUGCAAAUAUUUUGUAGAGCCCCAUUACUCGGAAGUCAAAAUUUUUACCCCUUGCCUGAUAUAGAAUGAAAAUAUAUAUAGUAUUUUGAAAUUUUGAAAAAAAAAAUGUUUGUAGAUGUUAGAUUGUUUUACAAAAAUGAGAUUUUACGCAUAUAUAGGCUAACUGAAAUACAAUUACAUAAUUAUGUUUAGAUAAAAUGAUAACAAGUUUAGUGUUUGAAUAUCAUAUAGAUAAUCAAUGACACACACUCCACGUAGUAUUUUAUUGAAGUUUUGCAUAAUUAUGUCAGUUUUAAAGGAAAUAAUUACCAACUCUGUAUAUUUCACUGCUGUCGGACAAUCAAUUUGAAACAAAAAUUAUAUCAAAAUUUGUUAAAAUAUCUUGUCUCUCUUCACUGUGACGCACUUAUUUGAUUGGUUAAACACAGCUGUCAUGUCACACGUGUUGUCACCAGAAUUUCAAGAUGACUAAGUAACCAAUGCAACACUCGUUUUUUGUUUUAAAAAAAUAUUCAAGUAUUUUCGCACGGCUGUUUGUCAAACUCUUUUUUAUUUCAUUGUUUACUGAAUUAAGAUAUUUAUAUGACCAUGAUAUUUUCGUUCUCGUGUUUCUUGUGAGAUUUCGUGUGUGUUUGUCUCUCUUAAAAGCUGUGCUUCUUGUAAAAUGUUUUAAAACCAGGCAUCAUUUGUGUAAAUAUAAUUUGUUUCUGGAUGUGUUAAAACAAAGUUUGUGUACAUGAAAACAAAAAGGAUUUAUAUACAUGUUAAAGUUACCUUCACUUUACUGAGUUAUUUAACGUCUUUCAAGAUACGUGAUUUUCACACCCCUCGACUUCAUGUUAGGGAAUGUUGUUAGUAUAGAUGUAUUGUUUCAUAUAAUUUAUUACGUUUUCAUCAAUUUAGAGUCCUUUUUUUAUUUAUUUUGUUGCCGUUUUGAUGUUAUAAUAUAUCUGUUAAUGCAUUAUUGUCCAGUUUUCCCAUAUGUUUAUAUUUGGACGUGUAAAUAUAGGAUAUAAUCACUUUACUAUCAAAGCACGUGAAGGUAGAUUUUAGAUUUUAAGAAAAUGACCUGUUUUGCCUUACAGUUUAGAUAGUUAAUCGGUGAUACUGGAAAGUGAAUGACAAAUUGACUGGUUCCCUGUAUUUUAAUUGCGUUAAGAAUAUUUUUGUCUUCAAAUCUGAUAAGCAGUCGGCAUAAAAUCUGUAUUAUAAAACUUCCAUGUUUUAGUCAAUAGGAUGAAGUGAAUAAAAUCCAAGAUCUCAAGGCGAAAUGGUUCCAAACGAAUAUGUUAGAACUGCUCUGUUUUUUUAAACUGCAGGGGCAUGUUUUACCUCAAAUCAUCUUGUAUUAUAAUGUCAUCAUUGUUUUCAUAGAACCAUUUUGAAAGACAUACGUGCGUAUGUUAGGAAAAGAAAACAUUUUACCAAAGUUACUGUUCACUUUUUAGUAUCCAGUAUUGACGUCAUAAUUGAAGGCCCCUCUUACUUACAACCAGAAAUACAGAAUAAAUUUAGAUUCUUCUAACAA